AUGGUGGGGAUAAUAUGGAAAAUUAAAUCAAAAGGUAGGAAAAUGGACAGCAACUUGAAACAGUGCAACUAUGAGAAAUGUAGGAGGAUAUUAUUCAAAUACAGUACAGGAAAUAAGUAAGGGCAAUGGAAAACAUUAAUUGAAAAUUAUUGGUCGUAAGAUAUUCUCUCUUUUUUUAAGUGAAGCGAAAGUUUAUGAGGUAGGAGAAUAUCAAGAUGGAAUACGAAAAGAUUGGAAAUAUAUCUAUAAAAAUUAAAAAAUGUACAAUAUAUAAUCACUAUUUCGAAAUAGGAUUGGUGGUAGAUACAAUUAAGAAGAUUAAAAACAUGGAAAAUGGGUUGAGUUAUCGAAGAACUUUUAGGACGAUAUUUAAGUUAAGUAUAAUGGAGAAUAUAAGAAUGGUAAAAAAAUAGGUUUAUGGGACAUUGAGUAUUGGUGUGAAAGAAGAAAUCAUUUCAUAAAAAUGUAAAAAUACUUCAUAAAGGUCUUAUAGCGGUGGUGGAGCAUAUAAUGAAGUUGGUGAUGGACUUUAGUCAGGAAAUUGGGUGGAAAUAUCAGAUAAUAAGAAUUUUGAAUAUGAUGAGUAAAUAAUUUACAUUGGCAAAUAUAAAAAUGGCAAAAAAGUUGGUAGAUGGGAUAUUUGGUGUGAUGUGUUUGAUGAGAAAAUCUUUAAAAUAAUGUAAUAAAAUUAUAUAAAUAUGUAUUCAAGUGGUGGUGUAUUAUAUGAUGAAGCUGGUGAGGGGUUAAAGAUUGGGGAGUGGAUUGAUUUUAAUGAAGGGUUUGAUGAAUAAAAAUAAGUAACUUAUCAUGGAGAAUAUAAAAAUGAUAAAAAAGUUGGUAUGUGGGAUAUUUGGAACUUGUGUUUAAGUAAGUAUGAUUAAUUAGAAAAAUAUAUGUAAAAAUAUUAUUUAAUGUGCAUUACAGUGGUGGUGGAUUAUAUGAUGAGGAUGGCGAAGAGAUUAAGCUAGGAAAAUGGGUGCAAGUAUCAGAUAUUUUCAGAAGUUGUUCAGCAACUUAUAAUCGUGAAUAUAAAAAUGGUAAAAAAGUUGGACAAAAUCUAAACAAGGGAUUUCUCUACCAAUGCUUGUAAUUAUACUUUUUUGAAGUCUCUAUUACUAUUCCCAUUUACGAAGCGAAAGGCAAAGCUUAUGGAGAAGGUUUAGAAAAUACCUCGUCAGGUUUGGUCAAUUCAAGUUUAGGCUUAUGUCUUGAAGCGAAUUAGCCGAGACUGACUGGCGAUAUAUCACAGAGAAGCUCCUUUAUAAAUUCUCAUUUGUAUUUAAACAUCUAGAAAAUUGAUUUGAAUUGUUAGCUUAGUUUAUAUUUAUCUUAAAACACAAAAACAAAGUACAAGUUUUCCAGGCAACUUAUGUAAUUAUUUAAAUGUAAUAAUAAUUAAUUUUUGUAUUCUUUUGAUGAGAAUACUUUGGUCGAUCAAUUUUAAUAAAUAGAAGAAAUUUUAGUUAUUUGA